AAUAAAAAAACAAUUGUUUCUCUUCGUUUUCUUUCUUAGAAAUCGCCAUUCUGUAGAAAUUGACGUUAAAACGCAACAAAAACAGUAUACCUGACGAUUAACCAUUUACUUGGUCAACUGUAGCAGAACUUUAUAGAAUAAUUAUGGAAACUAAUGAUGUUAAAACUUUUCAUCAGUGUGUUAUAUGUGAUGAGAUAUUUCAAAAAUAUGCUGAUUUAGAAAAUCACAAUAAAAUACAUGUUAAAGAAGAGAAAAUUGAUGAUGUAGAUGAAUAUUGUCAUGUUCAUUUUAAUGAAGAGAAAACUGAUGAUGUAGAUGGAUAUCGUCAUGUUAAAGAAGAGAAAACUGAUGAUGCAGAUGAAUAUUGUCAUGUUAAAGAAGAGAAAAUGGAUGAUAUUGAAACUGUUUAUCAGUGUAAUUUAUGUGAUGAAGAAUUUAAAUCUGACAUUGAUUUAGAAAAACACUGUGAAAUACAUGUUAAAGAUGAGAACAUGGAACAGAUUUCACAAAAUAAUGAGACAAGUUCUCAGAGACAAACAGACAUAAAUACAUUUGAAAAACCUUAUAAAUGUGAUGUUUGUGGUAAAUCAUUUUCUAGGUAUAGUAUUCUACAAGAACACAUCGGAAAUCAUUCUGGCCAAAAACCCUUUACAUGUGAUGUUUGUAGUAAAUCAUUCACAACAAAUUGGUACUUACAGAAUCACAUGAGAAUUCACACAGGUGAAAAACCCUAUAAAUGUGAUGUUUGUAGUAAAUCAUUCACUCAUAGUAGUACUCUACAGAAACACACCAGGACUCAUACAGGUGAAAGACUUUUUAAAUGCAAUGUUUGUGGUAAAUCAUUUGCUAGACUUGAUGUUCUACACAGACAUACAAGAACACAUACCGGAACUCAUACGGAUGAAACACCUUAUAAAUGUGAUGUUUGUGAUAAAUCAUUUACCAUGAAGGAUGUUCUACACAACCACAAAAAAAUUCAUUCAGGUGUAAAACCAUUUAAUUGUGAUUUCUGUGAUAAAUCAUUUAUACACAACAGUAAACUACAGAGACACAUCAGAACUCACACAGGUGAAAAACCUUAUAAAUGUGAUGUUUGUAAUAAAUCAUUUAGUCGGCUUGAGAACCUAAAAUUACACAUCGAUAAUUCACGCUGGAGUAAAACCGCUUGUAUCCCGGGGACGACAUAAUUUUAUGGGUUUUAGGUGAGAGAGAGAGAGAGAAAUGGGGUUUAACGUCCACUCGACACAAACUAGGUCAUUUCGGGACUAACAUAUGGUUCAAUUUUAUUUCCAUAAUUCGCUUGCGCGUAGGGGUCUUUAGCAGUGGGAGGAAACGGGAGGACCCGGAGAAAACCCACGAGGUUGGACAGGCGACUGGGUUUUAGGUACCCACUACUUUUGACUGAACAAGACCCGACAAAUAAAUUGUGUUGACACUCUGCAAAUAAUAAAAUAAAUGCUUAAAAUUCAUAUUACACGGAAACUUCGCAAGUGAAACCAUAUUUGUUUGCAAGAGUUACCCCUCUUUAGUCUUGGUUAGCAUGCCAACACUGACAUUGCUUUAAUCUAUUUCACAGAAAUAUUGCAACGCGAAAGCCAUCUUCUACAUAUGUACCUCUGUACAAGAUAACUCGUCACCUCAUAUCACAAGGGCCGGAAGUCGCAUGCAUUGUUUCAUAUCACAAGGCAUCAAUCAUUGGCCGGAAGUCGCAUGCAUUGUUUACAUAAGAUGUUAUAGGUUAGUUCUAUGUCACAAGGCCAACUUCAAGUUUGGUCAUGGGAGGUUGGAUGGCUGAAUGGUUAGCAUGUGUGCGCUGUAUCAUACGGUCUGUUAUUGAGUCAACUGACGGGGUUUCGAUUCCCCGGUUGUACGUGGCAAGGAGUAGGGUCGCCUGUCCAACCUCGUGGGUUUUCUCCGGGUCCUCCGGUUUCCUCCCACUGCUAAAGACACCAAUGUGCAAGCGAAUUAUUGAAAUAAAAUUAAACCAUAUGUUAGUCCUGAAACGACCUAGUUUGUGUCGAGUGGAUGUUAAACCCCAUUUCUCUCUAUCUCUUUAUUCUACUUGUGACCUCACAUCACAAGGCAUCCAUCAUUGGCCGGAAGUCGCAUGCAUUGUUUCAUAUCACAAGGCAAAGGUCACGAGAUGUAAACCACAUGAAAACCGGGCUAACCCUAAGCCUUGAUCUAGCCCCCACGUAACCCUAACCUACAAUCUCACCAUCAAUCACAUGCCCUAACCUUACAGUACUAGUCAGGCGGAAGUAUGAAAUUAGUCCUUGUGGGUGUUUUUUCAACUCAAACAUCGCAGUGUUUUUUUCCAUAUAUACGUGUAUUUACAUCUCAGCGACCUUGACAAAAUCUUGACUUGGCCUUAAGAAAUAGAUGUAGCUAAAUUGUAGUGAAAAUUGGUCUGGGCACCAUGGCACCUUUUAUUCAUUUUAUACCAUUUUAUCCAGAUAUACUUCAAACAUCUUUGUUUAUUUUUCUAAUACUUCAAAAAAAUGUUCUAGAAUUUAAUUUACAGAAGGAAUAAGAUUAAUAUUAUGAGCUCAUUAAGCUGCACCAAUGUCAUCAAUUAUCGAUCAUUGUAACGCACACUGAUCAGCAGUGAAUAUUCACUCGGUUGCUACAAUCACUGAUAGGGUUGUACAUGACAAGGAGUAGGGUCGCCUGUCAAACCUUGUGGGUUUUUUCUAGGUCCUAUUUCCUCCCACGUGUAAACGAAUUAUUGAAAUGAAAUUGAACCAUAUGUUAGUCUCGAAAUGGCCAAGUUUGUGUCAUGCGGGCAUUAAAUCCCAUGUAUGAUGUUUAUUAUUGUAUUGUACUUUGUAUUAUUUGAUGUUUAUU